AUGGAGGAAUUGAAGAAAUAUUUAUGUGUUGAAAAAAUACAUUCUGAAGAUUUCCAAAAAAUUAUGAACAAGUGUGUGCAAGUGAAUAAAGACAGUGAUACACGUAUUGAAGAUUUAUUGCUCAUUUUAAUUUUGUUCACAAAAUUUUUUCCCCAUUUUAAACAAACAUACGGAGAUUCACUCCACAAUGAAAUUUGUCUUAAUAUAUUUAACAGCAUAAAAUUGAAAGCACAUUAUUUAUACACAAGCAAAAUGCUCAUACACACAAUGAACAUACUGACCAAUUUACAACUUAUUGACAAUACACUUGUUCUUGCAUUCAUAAAUAAAUGUUCUUAUUUUAUACAAAAUGAGGAAUAUGAAAUUGAAGACUUGGUUCAUUUUCUGUCCAUUUUUAGUAAAAUUUAUUUGUUAAAAAAUGACCCUAAAUUUAUGAAAUUAAAAAGCUUUAAUUGGAUGCUAAUUAAAAAUAUAUGCAAUAAAUUGGCAUACAAUUUUGACCGUUUUUUCUUAACCUACAAGGAUUAUACAUACACACACAAAUUGAAGAAAAAAAUUCAUGAGCAAAUUAGGAGUAUCCACUCGGAGGGGAAAAACUCCAGACCGUCUUCACAUUGCAGUAACAACGUUUUAAAUACGCUCAACACUGUUGUUGAUCCAUGUGCCAAACGCGUCAAAGGUGAAAAGUCUGAGCUUCAUGUGGGUGACGAUGUGGCAGGGGGCCUCUCUUCUUUUGCCUCCUUCGUAGGGUUGGCCGAAAAUUCUUCUACCCAUGAACAUUUGGUUAGUGCCCCUUCUGCGAAUGUCCACCAUACUGCCCGUUGUAAAACGGUGGGCUCGCCGCCCAAUCGAGCUACCCCAAAUGAAUUACCCACUGAGCUGUCACAACUAAAUGCGUCACAGGAAAGGCACUAUCUGCUCGACACGCUUCUCAGCAUCAGCAGGAGUCUUAGGGAUUUGAGGUUUGCGCACAUGGGGCUGCUAAACGAGGUGGCCAACAGGUUGCAGAGUCACUUUUUGGACGAGCCAAACGAAUUGGGGGUAGAAACGCGUCGUGAUGUUGAUCAUGGCACACAUGACGAGUGUGAGGAGCGUGGCGACACAUCCCCCGUCAGAAAAAUUUUCUACAUCAUGCAAUGCCACCUCUACCUCCAAGUGGACCAUCAUAUGCUCUACAAAAGCAUCCUGAACACUUAUAAAAAACACCUGCCAAAUGUGGGCAAUUUGGUAGUUUUGUUCUUCUUGCUGGCAAAAAAUAAAUUAUUCCCCUCCAAGACAAUCCACCUAUUUGAUGCAUCCUUUAGGGAAAAAAUAACCCAAGGAGUAUACGAUGCAAGAGAUCUGUCAACACUUUUGCACUCGUAUGCAAUGCACAAAUAUAGGGAGAGGUUCCUAAUUCGGUUGAUUCUUUCUCGUUUAGUACCACGUUGUGUCAGCCUUCCUCAGGGUGAUCACGCACAUGAUGAAGAUCGAGACAGGUCCUCUUCCCCUAAUCUAACGGAGGAUCCCCUUCCCAGUGGGGCAAGUAAUGAGAAAAUUCCAAGUGACAAAUUCAGGCAGGGUAUAAACUGCGGGGACAUCCCAAACUGCACUUCUGAAGAUGCACAAAAAAGUAACCUUAUUGUGGACCUGCCCGGAAAGGUAAAAAUACUCUACAGCCUGUUCAAGUUGGACAUAUAUGAAGAAGCGCUCAUUUGUGAAGUAUCAAAUAUGAUAAGCGAGGAAAACAUAAAUAAUAUGGACUACAAGGAGCUAGCCAAAUUGCUGCUAGCCAUGUGCUACUUCUCCGUCGAGAAUACACAUGCAUACAAUUUAAUAAUAAAAAAUUUAAUAAAAUUCGAUAUCAUUUUAGAUAAUGUAUAUGUGACCCAAUUGAAGAUAUGUGAGCUGGCACUUCGAACAAGACACGUCCCAAAUGUUUAUAAUCAGCUGAACGAGGAGUGCAUAGAAUAUAUGAAUUUCAUAAAAAGUAAAGAAAAAAAUGCAGAGUAUCAUAUUAAAUCAGAUUUGCAAAAAGAAAUUAAAAACUUCCUUUUGUCUUUCAAUUUGUGCAUGUCGGAGGAGGUACCCCUUGGUCCAUAUGAUGUCGACUUUGUGGAAGAAGAUGAAACCUUUUUUCGCAUGCCUAGAAAUUACCGUCUUCGCAGGGAUAGUCAAGCGUCCAUUGUGUCGGGGGAUGUAACCCAGCAUGGUACCAAGUGUAGUGAGCGUGCAUCCCCACAAGAGGAGUCGUCUACCACGAUGAGUCAGGUUCCAGAAUGUGAUUCACCAAAUGGAAACCCUCACAAAAGAAGAACUAAAUUAAUCAUUGAGGUUAAUGGGGAACACCAUUUUUACAAAAACAGCAAGUCCUACACCGCGCUGUCCAAACUGAAGCACAAGUUGUUAAGCGACCUUGGUUACACGGUCAUCAACAUACCCUACUUCGAGUGGGGACAGCUAACAACCAGCUUAGAUAAAAAGGCCUAUAUUAAAAAAUUAAUUUCUAAUAGCCUUACCUUUGAGGUAGUGAAUGUGUUACCACUUAACCAAAAAUGUGAACCGCUGGGGAAAAAAGAAAUGGAAAAGGUCGUCUCAACCAUUCGCCACAGCAAACGAAGGACUGACUUCUUAACCAGCAUUGCCAACUUGAGGGAAAAAAAUAAGGUGGCCUUUUUAAAGAGGAAAGUUAAAAAUGUGUAG